AUGGCCGAGACAGAGCAAGCUCAGAACGACACUAUCCCCAUCAGAAUACAAUUCGGAGGUGGUGCAGAACUAUUAUUUGGAAACGUGCGAUCGCAUGAUGUGGUGGUCCCCGCAAAGGCUCCAGCCACACCCAGCGGUUCCAAACAAGCGGGUAGACCAGCGGAUGUGACCUUCUUAAUCGAUUGGAUGAGAUCAAACAUACUGAAGGAAAGAGAAGAGCUGUUUAUUGAAGGCGAAGGAAUACGACCUGGAAUACUCGUAUUGAUUAACGACGUAGAUUGGGAACUCGAAGGAGAAGGCGACUAUCUACUUCGGCAAGGCGAUGAGGUCGUUUUCAUCAGUACUCUCCAUGGUGGAUGA